UACAAGUCAUGUCCCCUUUAUGAUCUAACAGCUUUGAAAUCAACUUCCUCACCGAUUCAGGAGACCAGAUCGCUUUCCAUUUCAAUCCCCGUUUUUUCUGAGGGCACCAUCAUCUGCAACUCCUUUUUGUCAAGUCACUGGGGGCAGGAGGAAAAGACUGACCCUUCUCCUUUGGAAGCUAAUGAGCCUUUCCAGAUUGAAAUCUAUUCAGACAGGGAACAUUUCCAGGUAUUCAUAGAUGACAGCAAGAUCAUCCAAUUUCGCCACCGAGUGAAGCACUUCUCUGGCAUAACCAAACUGCAGAUCCUGAACGACAUUAACAUUUCCUCUGUGGAGAUCUGUAGGCGUGAAAUGUAUGAGUAG